AAAAAGCCCAUCUAUCCUAUUCCUCUCCCUAAAUUCUUCUCCUCAUUCAUUCCUUCCUUCAUCUCUUCACAUUUCCAAAAAUAAAAACACAAACUCACCCCACAAAACACCCUCAUUUCUCUGAUUCAUUCUCAUAAAUCCUAAAUAAACCAAAACCUUCUUCUUACAUUGCAUUGCUCCAUUGUACCUGAAUCUCGUCAUACUUCUUUUUUCUUUGUCUGGGGGAAAAACACUUGGGAAAAUAUUGGGAGUGAUGUAUAGUUGGGAGCACAAAUCAUCAUUGUCGAGGGAAGAAAAGUCAAGAAAAAAUCAUCAUCAGCACAAUCAUCCCAAAAAUCCAUCUUUUUCUUCUACUCUUCUUGAUGAAAUAUACCGUUCAAUCGAUGGAAAUGAUACUCUACAAGAUCACUAUCAUCAUAAGCAACAGGAUUUAAAGCUUGUUUACACGGAGAGAAGUACUAUUUCUUCGAAGAAACAUGGGAAGAAGGCGGCCGCGGCAAAGGCGGCUGGCGGUGGCGCUGCGGUAGAAGAUGAGGAUAUGGCGAGCCUGAGAAAGGCUUCCUUGAUCGAGAAAUGGAUGGAGAAAGAGGUUCAUCACAAAGUCUCUUCGCGAAAAACCCAUAACUACAAUCCUCCUCCUCUUCCUCCUUCGACUCUGUUUCUUCAUCAAGACGAUGAUCCUCUGUUUUUCAGUUCAACCUCGAGUUCGUCGGAGUCCAGUAAUUCCGGUGGGCUAUCUUCAUCUUCCGACACUGAAUUCUAUGCUGCCUCCGUAAAGACCAGCAAAUCUUGUUUCGCAACAAUGAAGAAGCCUAAACCGGUGAAAACCAAGCAGCAGCAAAAUGAAUCUUCGAAGUCAUCCGACCAUAAAAAAACAGAGGAUCAGAAUCUCAUCAAGUCUCAAUCCAGAGCAUUGAAGAUUUACUCCAAUUUGAAGAAGGUGAAAGAUCCAAUUUCCCCCGGCGGCCGGCUCACCGCAUUCAUCAACAACCUCUUCACCAAUUCCAAGAAACACGGCAACAACAACAAUGCCAUCAAUGUCCCUUCAAUUCCGGAGAGGAAAUCAACCAAGUACUACAGAGGAAAUAAUGUUGUCAGCCCUCCUCCUUCAUCAACAUUUUCAUCUGCUUGUUCAACAGCUUCAUCGUUUUCGAGAUCUUGUUUGAGCAAGGAUUCACCUAAUUCAAGGGCGGCCAAAAGGUAUAAUGAUGGGAUUAAAAGAACGGUUCGAUUUUAUCCGGUUAGUGUUAUUGUUGAUGAAGACAGUCGGCCUUGCGGCCAUAAACAAAUUCAUGAUGUUCGUGAUAAUAAUAAUUCCGGUAAACCACCACUAGUCCGGCCACCAACAACAUUGUCAUCACAAAAUGAGUCCGAGGAAAUCCUUAACAUCAAGGGAUUUGAGGAACAGAAGAAUGAGAAGAAUUUGGGGAUUCAGGCAGAAGAAAUAUGGGAAGAAGAUUUCGAUUUUGAUGAUGAAGAUGAUGAUGCGGCAAGUGACUGCAGUUCGGAUUUGUUCGAGAUUGAUCAUUUGGCAUUGUUUGGGAAAGGCAGAUUUCGAGAAGAACUCCCAGUUUAUGAAACUACUCAUCUUGAUACCAAUCGGGCUAUCGCCAGUGGAUUGAUUCGUUAGUUACUAAACAAAAUCUUUAAUUAAUUCUGUAAAUUAGGAAUUUUGGGAUUUUUUGUUCCUUAUUUAAAUGGAGGAGUUUGAAAUAAUAAUCUAAUAUCCGUAUUACUAAUUCUUUUUUUUUUCAUUAGUUAGUUCAAUAUAUAUAUAUAUAUAUAUAUAUA